UUCUGUUUCUCUGUCACUGAGUCUCCAUCGCCAGCACUUUCUGAUCUUCACUUCUUCCCAGGGGCUAUCACCUGCCCUCAUUGUCACCUCUGUAGAAGAUCCGGAAUUCUGAUGAAAUUCCAGACCCUCCAAUCCUCUCCGAGAUGAACUUGUGCUGGAGUGAAAUCAAGAAGAAAUCUCACAGCUUAAGGGCUCGUCUGGAGGCAUUCUCAGAUCCUAGUCUGAAACUUCAGCCACCAUUGCAAGAGAUCAUUGAUUGGCUUGGGCAGAAGGAUGAGGAGCUGUCAGCCCAGCUGCCCCUUCGAGGAGAUCUUGCUACAGUCCAGCAGUCCAAAGAAAAACAUGUGGUGUUUAUGGAAGAGGUGAAGUCUAGGGGUCCCUAUAUCUAUUCUGUACUUGAGUCUGCUCAGAGCUUUCUAGCUCAGCAUCCUUUCCAUGAGGAAGAAGAAGAAGCCUCCACUCAGGGCAAAGAUUCCUCACCACGGAGCCGUGUCCAGGCUCUUAGUCGCAUUCUGUGGAAGCAGGCCAGUGUAGCCAGUGAGCUGUGGGAUAGGCUGACUGCACGUAGCUUGGAUCAACAUCGUCACCUAGAGAGGACAUUGGAGCAACUCAGGGACCUUGGUGUCUCCAUGGGAGAGGCCAGAGAAGCUUUGGCACAGGCUGAAAGUGUUCAGGCCUCCUGGGAACCUAUAGGGGACUUGUUCAUAGACUCCCUGCCAGAGCACAUCCAAGCUACCAAGAUGUUUAAGGAGGAGCUUUGCCCUAUAAAAGAUAUGGUCAAGGUAACAAAUGACCUGGCGCAUCAGCUUGCUCUUUGUGAUGUCCACUUGUCCAUGGAAAAUGCAAGAGAACUGGAACAGAUUAACAGCCGCUGGAAGCAGUUACAGGCGUCAGUAGGAGAACGUCUACGGCAGCUGCAGGAUGCCCAUCGUGAUUUUGGACCUGAGUCUCAACAUUUCCUGUCUUCUUCUGUCCAGACCCCCUGGGAGAGAGCAACAUCUCCCAAUAAAGUGCCAUAUUACAUAAAUCACCAGGCUCAGACUACAUGUUGGGACCACCCUAAAAUGACAGAAUUGUACCAGGCUUUGGGGGAUUUAAACAACAUUAAAUUUUCUGCAUAUCGGACAGCCAUGAAACUGCGGAGAGUGCAGAAGGCGCUGAGAUUGGACCUGGUAACCCUCCCCCUCCUGUCCCAGAUGUUUAGCUGUGAUGUACUUCAGUCCCCUGACCGGAACCUUGAUGUUCUGGAUGUAAUUCGCUGCUUGAGCAAUCUGUACGAACGACUUGAAGAAGAACGUGGGCUCCUAGUUAACAUCCCUCUCUGCGUGGACCUGACCCUCAACUGGCUGCUUAACGUCUUUGAUGGUGCUCGAAAUGGCCGGAUCAGAGUUAUUUCAUUUAAGACUGGGAUAGUGAGUCUAUGUGACAGUGAUGUAAAGGGAAAACUACAAUAUCUGUUUUCUCAGGUAGCUAGCCCAGGUGAAGCUUGUGACCAGCGUCAGCUUGCCUCUCUCCUGCAUGAAGCCAUUCAGAUUCCGCGUCAGCUUGGCGAAGUUGCAGCCUUUGGAGGAAGUAAUGUGGAACCAAGUGUGAGGAGCUGCUUUCGAUUUGGUAAUGGGACAGCACUUUUAGAGUUGUCUCAGUUUCUGGAAUGGGGUAGUCUGGAGCCGCAGUCACUGGUUUGGCUCCCGGUACUGCACCGUGUGACGCUGGCUGAGACAGUGAAACACCAGAAAAAGUGCUCGGUUUGCAAGCAGUGUCCUAUGAAAGGCUUCAGGUAUCGGAGUCUGAAACAGUUUGGGGUGGAUAUUUGCCAGUCCUGCUUUCUUACUGGACAAGCAGGAAAGGGGAACAAGCUGCACUAUCCAAUCAUGGAGUAUUACACACCGACAACUUCUGGAGAGAAAGUGAGGGAUUUUGCUACCACCCUUAAAAAUAAGUUCCGGACUCGUCAGUAUUUCAGCAAACACCCGCAGCGAGGUUACCUCCCUGUCCAGUCUGUGCUGGAGGCCGAAGUCACUGAUACACCAGUCUCCUCACCUAUGCUCCCACAUGCAGAUACUCAUUCAAGAAUAGAACACUUUGCAAGCAGACUUGCUGAGAUGGAAAACCAGAAUUGCUCUUUCUUCACAGACAGCCUCUCUCCUGAUGACAGUCUGGAUGAGGACCAAUAUCUGCUUCGUCACUCCAGUCCUAUUACAGACCGAGAUCCCUGCAACACUUUGCAAACAGUGGGGACUUUAAAUUCUGAGGAAGAACAGGGAGAAUUGGAGAAAAUUCUAGCCCACCUGGAGCACGAGAACAGAAUCCUGCAGGGGGAACUAAAACGCUUAAAGUGGCAGCACGCAGAAGCUGGAGAGGGGGGUGUGCUGGGUGAAGUGUCUCCAGACUCAGGUGGUGGUGAAGUGCAGAGUGAGGAGUUGCUGAGCGAAGCACGAAUUCUUCGGCAUCAUAAGAAUCGUCUAGAGACCCGCAUGCAGAUACUGGAGGAUCACAACAAGCAACUGGAGUCCCAGUUACACCGUCUCCGGGAGCUGCUAUUACAGCCCAGCACAGAUGAAGGGAAGCCUUCUUCUUCAUCCUCCUCUUCUCCCGAUUCUGAAAUCAAGCAUCCCUCAGAAAAUAAUGGAGGGACUCCAGACACUGAAGUAGCAGAUGAUAUGAACAGUCGGACAAAGGAUGUGGGAUUGUGUUUAGAGGAUAUCAUGGAAAAACUCAGAAAUGCCUUUCCAAAUACAAGAGACAGUGAAAUUGCCUGUAUUAAGUCUCCGCCUCUGCCUUUGUGACACCAGACACUUACAGAAAGGUAUCAAAAUAAGGAAGGAUUGGCACCUUUUGAGGAAGCGAAAAAGCUCAAUGGAUCUCAAACAAUUAAAAAGGCAAGACUCAAAUUUGCCAUUAAUGAAAGAUGACACAAACACCAGCAAGCAAUUAAAUAUUCGGACUUGUCUUCAUUACGACCAAUUAGUGUCUCCUGGGCAAGCUUUAGCAAUUCUCAGCGGAUCACAUCUUACGGCUCAGAGCAAGAUCUGGUACCAGAAAGCUUUGGUUUUAACUAUAACAAUAAUCCGCCACAGACCGUGACUACCCUACACUGAUAGCACUAGCUGCUUUUCAAGAAGUAUGAAGAAGCUUUACACCAAUUUGAGCCUCCAGUUAACCAGGUGGCAUAAUACAACCAUCUCAGUAAAGCAAAGAACUAGUGGCACUGGUGUGAUGAACUCUGGAUAACAUGCCUCAAUACCAAGUGAAGUUCUAGAAAUGGUUCAGCCCAUGCAAAAGUUCAAUCAUAAAGAAGAUGGAUAGAGUUGCUUUCUAGCCUAACACUUAACACUCCCAGAGGUUGUGCCUCAUUUUUAGUGUCCCAUCUUCUCUUUCCCUAUUUUUCAUCUUGUAAAAUGGGAGACUAAUUUUUAUGGAUGGGAAUGAGAUGAUUAAUGUUUUAACUUUUGUGUCUGCUGUGGUUCUUCUUAUACAGAAACUGGUACAUGGGUCCUUGGGGAGUUAUAUGGAGCAAUGGGAUAAGCAGACGCUAAAGGGAAGAAUUAUAUUGGGAAUGUUAGUUUUAGGAUAUAUGGUACAAGUUGCUAAAGUUUAGGUAGAGGUGAUAAUAAAUGUUUUCAUGGUAUAUUAGCAAGUUAUAGGGAACAACACACACACACGCCUCAUUAAAGAAGUCACAGAUACCAGUAUUACAUAACAUAUAGCAGUAUCCCACAGUACUAUGCAUUUCUUUUUGCAAUCAAACAAACUGGUUACAUAAAUUAAUUUUUUUUAUGACAAAGUAAAACAUUUCAUGUAGAUAUCUGAUGUAACUAUAAUCAGUGAGAACUAACCAGAAAUGAUUCUGUAAUGGUAUAUAUAGAGAGAUACACAAAGUAGAUAUGAAUUGUAUACGCUUAUGAACCUAACAAAAUUAAGUAAGGCAAAUUAAAUCAUAUUGACCUUUCCAGAAAUGUCCAGCUUUAGGUUUACUGGUUUGCAAUGACCCUGAGUGCCUUUUCAGGCACAGUAAUAAGACCCAGUGCUGUGAUUAUAAAAAAAAAAAAAAAAGUCCUUCAUUGCUUACAGUUUUGCAGCACUUUUUCAUAGUUUUGCAAAAUAGAUACUUUUGAUCCAUAACCCAUAACAAUAUCUUUAAAGGGAUAAUAAACCCAUUUUUUUCUUUCUUUCAUGAUUCAGAUAGAGCGUGCAAUUUUAAGCAACUUUCUAAUUUACUCCUAGUAUCAAUUUUUCUUCGUUCUCUUGGUAUCGUCAUUUGAAAAAGCAGGAAUGAAAGUUUAGGAGCCGGACCAUUUUUGGUUCAGCACCCUGGAUAACACUUGCUGAUUGGUGGUUACAUUUAGCAGCAAGCGCUACCCAAGUGGUGAACCUAAAAUGAGCUGGCUCCUACGCGGUCAUUCCUGCUUUUCAAAUAAAGAUACCAUGAGAAUAAAAAAAAUGAUAAUAGCAGUAAAUUAGAGCAUGCAAUUUUAAGCAAGUUUCUGAAUCAUGAAAGAAAAAAAAUUGGGUGUAGUAUCCCUUUAAUUUAUUGAUCCGCAACAUAUGCAGACCAUAAAACAUUAAAGUGGCAACACGGCAUUGUUAACAUUUGUGCAGUGGAAAGGGGAACAAAGUGUGUGUGUAUUUGUAGGUUAAAGCACAGAGAAUGCUGGGCUGAAACGGAUAUCACCACUUACUUAAAAGGGGAAGACUGAGUGUAUAAACAUGGACAGCCGCCUACUGUUCACAAUACAGGGAGCUUAGAUAUUUAAAAAAGGUGGCGGGACUGUAAAUAAAGUACUGGAUAGGAAGACAUGGCCGCAGGGUACAUAAACUUUUUACAGUGUUUUUAUUAAAUGUAACAGUUUUUAUGUAAAAUAAUAUAACCAAAGUUUUACUAGCUCUAAGCAUAUAAUAGUUUACAUAUAGUAAUGCUGAAAAGCUAAAACAUUAUAAGAUACAUUUAUUUUACAGUGCCUGUCUCCAGCUUUCAGGGUGGUUUAAUAAUAAAAGGCAAGACACACAUCACAAUAUAUAUUAGAGCUUACAUAUUACUGGUAUUACUUGUCACAAACCAGUUAUCCUUCAAGACUGGCUAAAAACAAACGCAACGUCUCAAAAGCAGAGACCCUGUACUACAGCAGAAUCUGGGGCCAAAAAUAUAAAAACACCUAAGUAGCAAUGCGAUGUCUAUUCCUAAAUAAGUGUCAUCCAGUUCCCUAUUUGUAGAAUGAGGAAUGUUGUCUUGUUGGAUGAAGAAUUCAUUUUGUCAUAAAGACAAAAACAUUGGGUGCAGCAAGUAACUGCUUAGGCAGCUUCCUUGUAACCGAGGAGUUAUGUGUCGUAUACUAAUAAUGUACAACUUACAAGGAGUAAUUAGACUAGUUAGGGUGAGGGGAUAUAUGAACAAUAUGCAUUAAAUGGAAGAUAAAGCAAGAGGAGGUAUAUAUGGAAAGUGUAUAUUUCCCAACAUGUUAUAUGAAGAGGUUAUAUGUGGCAACAACUGAGGAACGGAUGAUUCAGUUGAAUGGACAGGUAUGUAGCACAGGGUAGGGGGGAAGUAGUAGGUUUAUAUUGGAGGGAUUAAUUAGCAAGUGAUGUCCCCAUAUUACUCAUCCAGGUCUCAUUGUCAUCUAUGGAUAACUUCCUAUACGUCUAACCAUUAACAAGAACUUUUUUGGAAGUCAAUAAAAACAAAAUAAAGCACUUUUUAUGACAACA